ACAUUCGAAUGCGUCAAACCAGCUGCUUUAAAGGGCCCAUAACAAAGAGGUGUCUGAAUGAGGAUUAUGGCAGUCAGUGCAUUCAAGCAGCUUGCAAACUUCUAAAGAUGAUCUGCAAAACAGUCAGUCGUGCAUUUACAGAUAUUACUGUUGCUUGCAUGAACCUUGUGGCCUCUGUAUCAGGAUUUGCCCAGACAACACAACAUACGGACACUUUUUCUGAGAAGACUCAUGAGUUACUCAGUGAUGCCAAGCAAACAGUCCGAACAUGGAUUGGACUAACUUUCAAAAGCAGACUUUUAAACAGAGUUUCUGGAAUGGUUGCCAAAUUCACUAGAGAGAUUGAGAUGUGGAAUAACAUUAUAACCAUAGAUUUCAUGAGUAAGGACUUAACCAAAGAAUGGAGAGAGACAUUUACACGGGACUUUGAGGGAAAAUAUCAACAGGAAGAUGAUCUCGAUCAAAUACUGGUUUAUUGCUCAAAGAUUGAGGAACUUAACGACUCCAAGCCUUUAUUGCUGGGUAGUGUGAAGAAGUGUGCUCUCCAGGCUGUUACUGCAGUAUGCCAGGCUAAAUCUGAGGGGAAACUUUUUGAGAGAUUGAAUCAUUUCCAACUAAACUGGAAAACUGACACACUUGUGUCUACCAUCAUCCUGAAGUCCUGGCCAAGAGACAGCAAAGGAACAUAUCUGGAGGAUGAAGAAGUUGUUCUCAAACAUCUUCUGGGCUGGACUGCAGCUAAGAAUAUCUUUCAGCUUCAUGGUGAAAAACUGAUCAGUCAGCUUUCUGAAGAAGCUAAAGAGAAAUUUGACAUGGCAAUCUCAUCAUUCACAAACAUUUUAAAUCAACUUGUAUCGGGGAAAAUAAAAAUAAAGCUACUCAACCACAUCCUGCAAAACAAGAGUGCUUUCUUUGACCUGCUUAAUUUAGAUUGUUUUUGUGACAAUGAACAAUACGGGGAUAUCAAUGCCAUGAACAGGCUUCUUGACUGUAGACAAAAGGAGGUGAAUGCUAUUUAUCAUGAGAAAUCACUGGUGGAUGCUCUCAUUACAAUGUGCCGCAAUCUACAGAAACAUGCGACAGUUGAUUUUGAAGGGUUGGAAGACAAACGUCGUAAUGACAUUGAUGAGAUGGACCUGGACAAGUUUGUGGACGUUCAUGUAUUAAAUCAGAUUCCCUCUGAAGUAAGAGUAGUCAGUUACUUUGAGCUUGAAGAUGAUGUUCGAUAUAUGGCAGAGGUCCUAUACACAUACAAAGACAGCUACAUCUUUGGAAAGUGUUGGGUCAAUGAGGCAACAAAGUUUGCUAAAGACAAAGGAGCAGUUUCUUCAGAGGAUGAUUUGGUUAUCACUCCCAAAAAGCUUCACAGUGACAUAUUUACACCAUGCUACAAUGCCUACAAAAACAUAUACACAGCGCUUAAAGAUGGCAGCAUCACUUUUGAAAAUAUUGAUGCAACAUUCAAAGCCUACAAGAAAAAAUAUAAAGAACUGGCAGCAGAAGUUGCAAUCAUAUGCAGACUGGAUCGCAGUGAUGACCAAGGUUGGGUUCAGACAAGAAUCCAUCAGAUUGAGCAGUACCAUGAGCUUCAUCUGGCAGUAGAGUCAGCUAAGGUGGUCAAGAGGGUCAAACAAACACUCGGCCUACAAGGAGACUUUCAAGUCUUGGAGAAGUUACUUAAUACUGUAAGUCAUCAUAAACACAAGGAGCAUCUUGACCGUAUUGAUGAUGAGUUGGUGCAGGCAAAAAUGGUGCUUGUGGAUAUUACAGAAUCCCGUAGACUGUGCCUUCAGGAGCUCUGCCUCAGAAAUAAUUUUGUUACGUGGGUAAAAGAGGCUCUUAGAGACAUCAAUGAGUUGAAAGUCUUUGUGGAUUUGGCUUCCAUCUCUGCCGGAGAGAAUGAUAUGGAAGUGGAUCGUGUGGCCUAUUUUCAUGAUGCAGUUCUUGGCUACUCCUCAAUGCUCUAUGAUUUGAAGCCAGAUGCUGACUUCAAGCUGUUUAAAGAGACAAUGAAGAAACUGUGGAAGGCACUUGACAAUGACCACAACCUCCCAAAGAAACUGAGUGACUCCGCAAGACACUUAGAAUGGUUAAAGACAGUCAAGGACAGUCAUGGGUCAGUGGAAACCUCAUCUCUGUCUCUGGCAUCAGCUAUCAACAUCAACGGUGUCUACGUUAUUAGUGCACAAAAUCAAAAGUUUUGCUUGGAAGAUAUUCUGAAGUUACAUGUUAUAGAAGAGCAUGAUGAGGGCCGUGAGACACGCAGUUAUUCUUUUGAAGACCUCAGGGACCUUCAGAAUAAAUUGAUGCUAAUGUCGGGCAAAGGAGAUCAGGGCCAGCGUGAAGUCAAACGAUUUGCAGAGGUCUUUGCCAGUGUACAGAGGUUGGCCUGUGCGUUCAUUGAUUUGUUUGUUGCUGGAAAUCCGUUAUUCAGACACUGGAAGGCAAAGGUCAACUGUAAUAGUAAAGAAGCAUGCAUCAUUAUGGACCUCGAUUUAGGAAGUGUUGUUAGUGUAAUGAUGGAAGGUGAUGUCACAGAACAGUUACCAGAAGUCUGCCGGAAAAUGGAGAGCUGUGUAUGCUUCUGGAAGGCUUUUAUGGCCAAGCAGAGAUCCAAGCAUUAUUACUUAAACUAUUUCACUUCAGAACAGGUGGUCUACCUGUGCAGUCAGCUCACCCAAAAAAAUGUGACUGAAAUGAAUGAUCAAGUUCUUAUGAUGCUCUCCUUUAUCAAACCUAAUUGCUCCUUUUCAGAUGUGACACAAGCUUGGCACAGGCUUCAGGAUGAUGUAAUUAAGGAACUUAAGCAAAAUUAUGACUUAGAAUUUCAAACAUUUGCAGAAGUUCCCAGCAUGAUAGAAUGUGAUUUGAGUACUGAGGAGCCAUGUCCAUCGUUUGACAAGUUGCCAAGUCUGUUGAGAAAAGCUAAUGGGUCAGAAAAGCUAUGUGUGAUUUGGAAUGCUUACAUGCGAGACAUGAACAACUUCCUGCCAGACUGCCUUGAUGUCAGAAGCCUUGGAUAUCUUCUUGAAAUACUAGCCAACGGUCCCAGUCAAUAUGAGAGUGAUUCCAAACAGGAUGAGAAAACAAGUAAUAUUCAGAGAGAACUCCCCUAUGGAAUGGCUACUGGAAGACCAAAUCUGAUCAUCUGCCCUUCUGAAGAAAGUCUAAUAGCAUGUAUUUCAAUUUACAUGAGCAGCAAAAAUGAGCCUCUACCAACCUAUGAUGAAGUACUCCUCUGUAGUGCUUCCACUCCAUAUGAAGAAGUGGAGCUUUUCCUCAGGCGUUGUCUCUCUGCUGGCUACAGGGGAAAGAAGAUAUACACAAUGCUCUAUGUGGACCAGCUUACCUAUGAAGUCAGCUACAAAGUGGAGCAAUUUUUUCAGCAGCAAAAAGCACAGUGCAGAGAUGAUUACAGACUGGUGUUGGUCUGCAGCUCAAAUGGAGAACAUGCAUACCUUCCCUCUGCUUUUAGUCAAUUUAGAUUGCACUUGGUUCCCCAAGAACCAGUAAUCCGUAUUCAGCAAUACCUUGUUAGGCAUUUUACAAUCCCAGCUGACAUAUCCAGUGCUGCUGCUGUGUUCAAAAACAGACAGUUUGUGGGAGUUGUAGUCUCUGAAAGGUCAGGAGUUGGGAAGUCACUUCACAUUAAACGAAUGCAUGAGAAAUUGAAAAAGAUCACUAAUAAGCUUUCACAGCUGAAGAGCAUCAGGUUAACUGAGACAAGAGUUGAUGAAAAUGCCAUCCUCAAGUUAUUGCUCAACAGCCUCAAGAAAAAGGAACUUUCAGUCUAUCAUUUUGACAUCACCACCAUGGUUAAAACAGGACUUCAUGAAUUUCUGUUCAGGCUGUUGAUUCUUGGAUACCUCAUGGACUCGGAAGGAAACAUGUGGAAAAGCAGUAAUAAGCACUUAUAUGUAAUUGAGGUUCUAAGACCGGAUGGCAGAACUUCACAGAAUGACAGAAAAGCUGGUGCGGAAGUUUCAUCUGCUUUCAUGGAUGUGUUUCCAAUUGUUUACUGCCGUCCACCUAAAGAGGUCCUUGAGCUAGAAAUGAGAAUCCAGGAAGAUCCGUCAUUAGUAGAGGGUGAUGAUCCCCUUAUGGAUGACCAAGAGUUCCAAAGUGAGGCCUAUCAGCGGCCUUAUCAGUACCUGCAACGCUUCUACAAUGGUAUUAAUUUGGAUGCCUUCAGGUACCAAGGAGUUGAGGGCACUCAUGUUGAAUGCCUGCAGAUAUUGUUUGUGUACUGUGGCAUUGCAGACCCAUCUUGGGCAGAGUUGCGGAAUUUUGCUUGGUUCCUAAACUUACAACUUAGGGAUUGUGAAAACUCAGUUUUCUGUGAUGUUUCACAUAUAGGGGACAUUUUAUUGGGAUUUAAAAAUGUUGUUGUUGAUUUCAUGAUUCUCAUGGCAAAGGAUUUUGCCACUCCUUCACUUAGCAUCUCUGACCAGAGUCCAGGGAGACUGCAAAAUGACCUUUCUUCUGCAAAUGAAGAGGAUCUUGCUCCCUUUAGGAUAAGAAAACGAUGGGAGUCAGAACCACAUCCAUAUAUUGUCUUCAAUGAUGACCAUGUGUCUAUGACAUUCAUUGGCUUUCAUCUUCAGCCAAAUGCACAGAAAAAGAUUGAUGCUAUUGAUCCAUCAACAAACAGAGUGAUCAAGCAGAAUAUCAUGACCAGAGAGCUCUACGAGGGCCUUAAACUACAGGGAGUUUCUUUUAAUAUUGAUUUUGACCAGCUCCCAAGACAUGAGAAAAUUGAGAGACUUUCCAGGGUGUUGGGAAUACAGUCUCCUACUGACCCAGAGGAAACAUAUGAGCUCACCACAGACAACAUUUUGAAAAUGCUGGCAAUUCACAUGCGCUUCCGCUGCGGGAUUCCCGUAAUAAUCAUGGGUGAGACAGGAUGUGGGAAGACCAGGCUAAUCAAAUUUCUUUGUGAGAUGCACAGAGGUGUAGUUGCCUCUGACAACAUGAAACUAGUAAAAGUUCAUGGAGGGACAAGCUCAGACAUGAUUUACACCAAAGUGAGAGAAGCAGAGGACAUGGCUUCAAGAAACAAGAAGGAUCAUGGCUUUGACUCUGUGUUGUUUUUUGAUGAAGCAAACACAACAGAGGCCAUUGGCAGCAUUAAGGAAAUCCUCUGUGACAACACUGCUAAAGGACAGGAUUUGACAGGUGACACUGGCUUGCAAAUCAUUGCCGCUUGCAACCCAUACAGGAAACACACAGAUGAAAUGAUCAAGAGAUUGGAGUCAGCUGGUUUGGGAUACAGAGUUCAUGCUGAGGAAACAGAUGAAAAACUUGGAUCCAUUCCACUUCGCCAGCUUGUGUACAGAGUGCAUGCUUUGCCACCUAGCAUGAUUCCACUAGUUUGGGACUUUGGACAACUCAGUGACCAGACUGAGAAAAUGUACAUCAAGCAAAUUGUCGAAAGAGUAGUUCAAACAAAUUCUAUUGAUUCAAACUACAUUACAACCAUCACAGAUGUUCUGUCAGCCUCACAGAUGUAUAUGCGAACAAGAAAGGAUGAAUGUAGUUUUGUGAGUCUGAGGGACGUAGAGCGCUGCAUGCAAGUUUUUAGCUGGUUCUACAUAAACCACUCAAUGCUACUCUCAGAGCUUGACCAGUUUGAGAGUGGAAAAAUUAAUGAUCAACAUCAGAGGGAUACUGUAAUAAGAAUCCCAAUUCUAUGGUCAUUAAUUAUGGCUGUUGGUGUGUGUUACCAUGCCUGCUUGGAGGAUAAGGAGAAAUAUAGAGAAAAUAUUUGCAGAUACCUUCCAGAAUCCUAUAGCCAAAUGAAAGUGAUGCAGGAGAUCUCAGUUAUCCAGGAUCUUUUCCUGAGUGGAGUUCCAUUGGGUGAAACUAUUGCCCGAAACAAUGCCUUGAAGGAAAAUGUCUUCAUGAUGGUUAUUUGCAUUGAACUGCGAAUACCUCUCUUUUUGGUUGGAAAACCUGGAAGCUCUAAGUCUUUGUCAAAAACUCUAGUUGCAGAUGGCAUGCAAGGACAAGCAGCUCAUUCAGAUUUGUUUAAAAAGCUAAAGCAAAUUCAUCUUGUUUCCUUCCAGUGCAGUCCUCAUUCUACACCAUAUGGGAUCAUCAAUACAUUCAAGCAAUGUGCCCGUUUUCAGGAAGGAAAGAAUCUAAAGGAGUAUGUCUCAGUGGUAGUGCUAGAUGAGAUAGGCUUGGCUGAAGAUUCCCAGAAAAUGACCCUGAAAACUUUACAUCCUUUGUUGGAAGAAGGAUGCAUAGAUGACCAGCCAGUACCCCACAAGAAGGUUGGAUUCAUCGGUAUCUCAAACUGGGCUUUGGAUCCAGCCAAGAUGAAUAGAGGGAUAUUUGUUUCUCGUGGUGAUCCUGAUGAAAAGGAAUUGAUUGAAACUGCUGAAGGAAUAUGUUCUUCAGAUCCCAUGAUCCUUGAGAGGGUGAGAGAUUACUUUCAGCCUUUUGCCCAGGCUUACCUGCACAUCUGUAACAAACAAGGCAGAGGUUUCUUUGGUUUGCGAGACUAUUACAGCUUGAUAAAAAUGAUGUUUGCUUUAGCCAAAGAUUCAAAUCAGAAGCCUAGUGCAGAGCAGAUUGUGAAAGCUGUACUGAGGAACUUCAGUGGGAAGGAUAAUGUGGAUGCUGUCACAGUUUUCACUAGAAGACUAAAUAUCAAACCCAAGCUUGAGAAUAUCAGAAUCAUUGAGCUUGUAAAAGAGAACAUCACAGCCAUUGGUCAAGAUGAGGAGUGCAGAUACCUGCUGGUUCUGACCAAAAACUAUGCAGCCCUUCGAAUUCUACAGCAAACGUUUUUUUCAGAUCAGUGCCAACCAGAGAUCAUCUUUGGUUCAAGCUUUCCAAAAGACCAGGAGUAUACUCAGAUAUGCCGCAAUAUUAACCGUGUCAAGAUUUGUAUGGAAACUGGUCAAACCAUUGUGCUUCUGAACCUGCAGAACUUGUAUGAAAGCUUGUAUGAUGCUCUCAACCAAUAUUAUGUUUGGCUUGGAGGUCAGAAAUAUGUGGAUUUGGGGCUUGGAACUCACAGAGUCAAAUGCAGAGUGCACAGAAAUUUCAGGCUCAUUGUCAUUGAAGAGAAGGAUGUUGUGUACAAGCAGUUUCCCAUUCCAUUGAUCAACAGGUUGGAGAAACAUUAUCUUGACAUCAAUACCAUACUAAAGAGUGAGCAAAAGGACCUUGUUGAGAAGCUUCAGCAGUGGGUUGGAUGCUUCAUUGAUACCAAAGGCAAUCAUGAAUUUGCUCCCCAAGCAUGCCGUUACCAUCCAGCUGAUGCUUUCAUUGGCUACCACUCAGACACCUGUGCCUCUGUUGUCCUGCAAGUUACAGAGCAGCUCAAAGGGCAGAUUUCAGAUUCUUUGAAGAGGAUUUUAGAUGAGGCUAAAUUGAUCCUUUUGAAUUGUGCUACACCAGAUGCAGUGGUUAGGCUAGACUGCACUUCACUCCCCAAAGUAGAAAGUGAGCACUUGUCAAGUGUGUACUUUAAAGACCAGAAGCAUAGGUCACUUGCUGACUUCAUCCUUUCUCAAAUACAUCAAGCAGGGCCUAGCCAUGCCUUUUUUACAGAGGUAACUACAUUCUCAAGGCUUCUGACCGCAACAGAAACUGAACAGCUACAGAACAUAGUUCAAAACAUUGAGCUCCUCUCACUACAGCAGUUUGACACAGAAAACUCAUUCCUAAAGAAGAUCAGGAAUUAUUUGGAAAACACCACUGGAGACAAGAUACUUAUCAUCCAAACCAAUUUUGAUGAAAGCUCCCAAAGUUUAAAUUUCAUUGCAUCUGCAAAGUAUUCUUCUCUCAAUGAAAUCAACAGAUUCAGGAAAGUGUCCAGUGGAAAGAUUUUUGUCUAUUUCAUCACUAAGCUACCCAGAAUGGAUGGUGGAACUUCCUAUGUUGGAUUUCAUGGUGGCCUUUGGAAGUCAGUCCACAUUGAUGACCUGAGAACAUCGAAAGACAUUGUCUCUGAUAUAAAAGCCUUGCAGUGUCUGACCAUCAGCCAGUUGUUUGAACAGAAAGCUGAGAAAGCAGAUGAGCCUGAAGCUAUGGACGAUGAAGACAUGCAUACAGAAGAAGAGAAGAUGAAACUAGAAGACAGUACUGGCUGGGAGAAUGUUUUAGACACCAACGUGCUGGUUCGUAGCUGUGUUCAGAGUGCAGUUGGCAUGCUAAGAGAUCAGACAGAGGCAGGCACCCGCAGCACCAAGCGAGUAGAGACUCUGCUAAUACUCUUGGAUGACAAUGACACUCUACAAGCUGAAUUUAUCAAAGCGUUAAAGAAACAACUUCAUUCUCUAUUGAUGGCUCACGAUGAAAACACAAUCUCUAGCAAGAGCUGGGUCUCCAAGGAGGCACUUAAUAUUGAUGCAUUGCAAGAGGGUGGGACUUUUAGACAUGCCCUUUGGAGACGAGUUCAAGCAGAAGUAACUCCAUUUUUGGCACAACUUGUUUCAAUUAUUGACCGUGACUGCAAUCUAGACCUCUUGCUGGAUAGAAACUCUGAUGAAUCCUUGAGGAAAUUGUGGCUGGACAUUUUUGGAGAUGUCAAGUUACUGAAUGUUCCUUGUACCAGACUGGACAACAACUCAGUGAAGACAAUCUUGGUUCAGAACUACAUUGCAGUUGACAGCAAUGUGGGUUGCACCAUGCCUUUCAGCUGGAGAAUUAAAGAUUAUCUAGAGGAACUCUGGGUACAUGCUUUUCAGCAAGAAGGACACUCUCUAGAGCAAUUUGAAAAGUUUUUUUGGAAUAUCCCCUUGGGCGGGUACAUCUCCGAAGCAACCGAAGAGAUGCAGAUGGAGUUUUUCCACAGGUAUCUCCAGGAUUUCAUCUCCAUGACCAUGAAGGUAACAUCAGUGGUGAAUCUUCAGCUCUUAUGUGGAGCCCUUACUUGUGGUGUAAAUGAGCUCAGAGGUAGUCAAGAAGUGCAUGAGAAAGAAGUCAUUUCUCUGCCGUGUGUUCAUGCUGCCUACCAUCACUUCAAGAACCGAAUACAGAACCUCUACAGGAUGAUCAGUAUAGAGCCUCAGAUUGCUCAGAUGCUUCUAGAUAACACAUGUGCCAGAGAGGGAACAGAACUGGUGUUAGAUGUGUAUGCUGCAGUGGCCUGUAUUGAAUGCCUGGAGCCCCAGUCUCUAGAUGAAGAUGUUCAGAGUCUGGCCUGGCUUAGACGUGUUAAAAAGCUACAGGUGCCAGUUGAGCUGGUUUGCUGUGAGGAGAGCCUACGGCACUAUGGAGAGAGAAGCGAACAGAUUGUCACCCACAUCCAACAUGGUUGGCGUCGCAUUUACUCUCUGGCCUUGUUUGUGGAGCACAUCCUGCUGGGUGUCGAGGAUGUGCAUUUAAACCUUGGGCCACUGGUUCUCAAACACACUCGAUGCCUAACACAAGUCCUACAGCAGGACUCAGACCUCAAAAAGAAGCAGCCGUUUGAGGCAGUGAUCACCGUACUCAAAGCUUGCAAAGAUGAAGCAUCUCAGAGCAUUUUUAGGUUUGGCAAUCAGCUUUGUCCAGUGUGCAGGGGAGACCUGCAGGACCCUUUGAGUCUGCCCUGUGAGCACAUCUACUGCCUGACCUGUAUCAAACAGUGGCUGGUGCCCGGUCAGAUGCUCUGUCCUCUGUGUUACCAUGAAGUGCCUGAUAACUUUGAGCUCAAGGCCUCUGAGACAAUACGGGGUCUCUUCAGUCAAAAUGCAUUGUUCAGAAUGCGAUGCAAUGCUUUCUUCAUUGAUUUGGUGUCCACCAUGUGCUUCAAGGACAGCACUCCUCCCAGUGAGGACAUCAUCCACCAUCUGUUGUCCCUCCUGAUGGUAGAGGCCCACUCGCUCCCUCAGAUUGAAGGGCAAGACCGCAGGUUCUUGACUAAGGCUCUUUCUCCCUUUGAUGACUCUGUGGAUAAAAAUCCAGUGGUGCGUUCAGUGGUGCUGAAACUCCUGCUCAAGUACAGCUUUGACGAUGUGAAGCACUAUCUUCAGCGGCAUCUGACAGAAGUUGAGCAAAGCAACAUCAUUAAGGAGAAUGAUAAAACCGAGCUUUAUUCCUUGUACAUAAAUUGUUUGGAGGACUCGAUGUACGAUCGGACACAAUGGCACUCAGUGGUGGCGCAGCAGACCUGUUUGCAGGAGGAAACACACUUUCUGCUGCAUUUCCUUCACUCUGAUUCUGUGUCUGCACGUGCUGUAUCUAUAGGGCACCUGCAGCAGGUGGCCAGAGUUCGACUGUGUCUGGAUAUGGCUGCUGACCUGCUAGAUAACAGAGUGACUAGUGCAGAUGCACAGGAUGAUCUUUCAUCUGUUACUUCAGCGUUUUUGAACAGUGUGGAUGAUCUAUGCUGCCAGAGCAGCAAUGACUGGUACAGGGUUUACCUCAUCAGAAAGAUCUGCAGUCUUCAUGGGAUUGAAUAUGUCCAGAAACUUCUGCCACAGGAAGGGUUCAAGUGGCUGUUUCCUCAGAAGAUUCUUGAGUUGAAUCAUGACGACAGCCAGAUUGACCACUUUGUAGCAUGUGGACUGGACUACAAAACUGUUAGGGAUGCAGUAGCCGAAGCCAUGCUAGAUUGCAACAUGAAUGGAAUACAGGAAGCCAUUGAGUAUUGCAAAAGCACACCCAUGAAGAAAGCUGUUUAUCUGCUAAUGGCUUUGUUCAGAGAAGUCACAUCACUGUACAGAAAUGGAAAGCCCAACUUGCACCCUAAACCUGAGCAAUGUGCUGGCCUUGAAGAUUAUAUCAGAAGCACAGACAUCUUUGUCAAUGAUGAAAUGAAAGCAUUUGCUGAAGCGCUGGUGAAUAAUAAUCUCCGUGAUCUGCGUGUACAACCUCAGACGUCAGGCAGAGAGCUUCUUCUGGUGGAGGUUACAGUUCACAUGGCUGCAGUCCUGUUGUGUGGAAAUCAGCUUUUACUGCAGCCACUGCAGCAGCUGGCACUGUCCCCAAACAUCAUGACGGCUUCAUUCAUCCCAACUAUGCCGGAUGACAUGCUGGCUGUAGUCCAGCAGGCCAUGGAAGGCGUCUGGUGGUAUACCUGUCCUAAUGGUCAUCCGUGCAUUGUUGAUAUGUGUGGUCGACCCAUGGAGGUUCGCCGCUGUCCAGACUGUAAUGCAGAAAUAGGUGGCAUAGACCACAAACCUGUUCAAGGCUUCCAAGCCAUGCAGAGACGAGAGGACCGUACUCAGUCGGGACACAUCCUGGGUGACGCACAACGUCGUGAUCAGCCUGACAUGCAGGACACUAAGAAUAUGUCCCCUGCCCCCUUCGCUCUUCUCAGGCUGCUCACACACAUGUCCAUGCUGCUGGGAGCUCGAAACAACCCACAGAGUGUCAUGCAGAUCAUCAAGCCUGCUGUGCCGGAUCCCAGGCCGUUCCUGAUGGCCCAUCUGUUGAAGGAUAUGGAGCAGCUGAGCAGAGCUCUGGGUAAAGGAGUGGAUGAUACGGUCAGUACCAUCCAUUUGACCAUCCACAGUCUACUGGAACCCCAUCAGACCAGCCAGUGGCCUGCUCCUUAUGAUAAAACCCUUUCCUCUAAAGAUGCAAGAAAUGGAUGGGAAAAUGUCAUGAAUACUGAUGUCAUUACACAUCAACUGAAG